GCGCUGUAAUGGCUGUACAGUUCAACCCUGUUUUUGCAUCGGCGAACCGGGAACUCCAAUAUAAGAAAUACUCUUGUAAUGGAUAUCCAGGAAUACCUGGUUUACAAGGAUCUCAAGGAAUACCUGGACCAAUAGGACAAGAAGGUCCGCCCGGUCCUAUUGGUCUUAGAGGUGAUGAGGGAGACUUCGGGCAAAUUGGACCAAAAGGAAUCAGAGGUGAUAUAGGAGCACCUGGGUUUAAUGGUCCCCCAGGAAUACCGGGAUUGCCGGGACUGGAGGGAGAGUUAGGCGAACGAGGAUUUGAUGGAUGCAAUGGAACUGAUGGAAGAUCUGGUUACCCUGGGCCACCAGGUUACCCGGGACAGGCAGGCAGAACUGGAAAUCCGGGAGAUGAAGGACCAAAAGGAGAACCCGGAAUGGGAGGAAUCAAUUCGGUUGGAAUUAAAGGAGAGCCCGGUUUGGAUGGGAUUUCAGGAAUCAGAGGUCUUCCAGGGUCUGCGGGAUAUCCGGGGGAUAAGGGUGGCCCUGGGUUUAUGGGCAGUCAGGGCCACAAAGGUGAUAUGGGAGAUUUAGGACCUCAAGGACCAGGGGGUGAUUCUACAUAUGGCCCAAAGGGACCAAAAGGCGAAAGUGGAGCGCCGGGAGACCCUGGACCUGCCUUGCUAGAGUAUGUUAAGCCACCCGAUGUCACUCUAGAACCAGGAGUUCCGGGGAUUAAAGGAGAAAAAGGCAUGAUAGGAGACAAAGGCCAGAGAGGGCUCAUCGGUAAUAAAGGGCAAGAAGGAAUGAAGGGAAUGCCGGGCCCUCGAGCUCUAAAGGGAGACAUAGGAGAGGAUGGCCCUCGAAUUUGCAUAUUACAAACUACAUCUCAAAUUAAUAACCUGGUGGUCCAUCAUAACCAGGGUCUCCUGGCCAGGAAUUCCACUCAUUCCAGGAAAGCCCGAAAGCCCUGA